AGAGAGAGUCUUCUUCAACGUCUUCUUACAUUAUAAGCUAGUUUUUGGACUGUAUAAAAAACCCUUUUUAUGGUUAUAACAUGGAAAGUGUGAUAUGAUGAUUUUACCCCUAUUGACUAAGUCCUCUGCCGACUCAACAUUUAUAUGUCAUAAUUAAUUGCUUGACACAUAUGCGUGGAUUUCAGUAUUUAUUGCCAUGAACGCGUUUUCAACACUCGGAAGAAGAAGAAGAAGAACAAACGAAAGCCAUCCACUCAAUCGAUUCUCUCUUCACUCCCUCUUUCGCCGAAGUUUCACUAUCACACCUGGACAGAUCAUGGAACCCUAACUCCUCUUAAUUUCCAGCUUUAUCUUCCAUCGGAGGUUUCACUCUUAAUCGAUUCUUAUCUCUAAUGGGGAACGAUUUAUAAUCGAGCUUAUUUGCAGCUGUAUUGAUUGAUUCGCAUGGGUUGUCUUUGUGCUAAGCCUUCUACCAUCGAUGAUGAUGAUGAUGACGAAGAAAAUCCAGUACAUAGACAGGUGGUGAAUAAGGCGGCCGCGUCGUCGUCGUCAUCGUCACAAUUGCAUCAUCAGUCCAGGAGGACUUCUUCGAGAAGGGAUGAAACCUUACAGAUCAAGGGUAGAACAGAUGAAAGUGAAGUUGGUAUUGAGGUAAAUGAUAGGAGAGUAGUGAAUCGUUCAAGAAGGGUGCAGGACGACAAUUUCGAUGACAGGAGAAGAGAAAGAGAGAAUUCUGAAGUUCCUAUUUCCUCUUUACCAGUCAUUGGAACUUUUCCAAAGGCUAAUGAAGCUGAGCAGGUUGCUGCAGGUUGGCCAUCUUGGCUUUCUACAGUGGCCGGUGAGGCUCUUAAAGGAUGGGUACCAAGAAGAUCGGAUACUUUUGAGAAAUUAGACAAAAUUGGACAAGGGACUUAUAGUAACGUGUACAAGGCUCGCGAUUUGAUUAACAAGAAAGUUGUUGCUUUAAAGAGAGUGAGGUUUGAUAUGAUGGACCCCGAGAGUGUGAGGUUUAUGGCAAGGGAAAUCCUCAUUCUCCGUAGGCUUGAUCAUCCCAAUGUAAUAAAAUUGGAAGGCUUGGUCACUUCUCGGACAUCUUCCAACCUUUAUCUCGUCUUUGAGUAUAUGGAACACGAUCUCACAGGACUUGCAUCUCUACCUGGUUCAAAGUUCUCCGAAUCUCAGGUGAAAUGCUACAUGAAACAACUUCUAAGUGGUCUUGAUCAUUGUCAUAGUCGUGGUAUUCUUCACCGGGAUAUAAAGGGUUCAAACCUUCUUAUAGAUAAUCAUGGCAUCUUGAAGAUUGCUGAUUUUGGCUUAGCAAGUUUCUUUGAUCCUCGUCGGAAUAUUCCACUUACUAGCCGUGUUGUAACUCUUUGGUACCGACCACCCGAACUUUUACUUGGGGCAACACAUUAUGGUGUCUCUAUCGAUUUGUGGAGUACCGGUUGCAUACUUGGAGAAUUAUACGCUGGCAAACCUAUUAUGCCUGGUAGAACUGAGGUUGAGCAAUUGCAUAAAGUAUUCAAGCUAUGUGGCUCGCCCUCAGAAGAUUACUGGAGAAAGUUAAGAGUGCCUCAAUCAAUUGCAUUCAAACCUUUGCAUCCAUAUAAAUCCCGUUUAAUAGAGACCUUUCGAGAUUUUCCUCCUGCAGCCCUUGCGCUUAUGCAGACAUUAUUAUCUAUUGAUCCUGCACAUCGCGGAUCUGCAGCCGAUGCUAUCGAGAGUCAGUAUUUCAGUACGAAACCAUUUGCUUGCGAUCCUUCUUGUCUUCCUAAAUACCCUCCGAGCAAAGAGAUCGAUGCCAAAAUGCGAGAAGAAGCAAACAGAAGGAAAAUAGCCGAAGGCAAGAGCCAGCGGCUUGAACAAGACAGACUCCCUCGAGCAAUUGCUGCACCUAAGGCUAAUGCUGAAUUAGUUGAAUCGAUGCAGCGGGAUAAUGGGCAAUCAAACACCAAGAGCAGGAGCGAGCUGUUUUAUCCUCAGGAUCAAACCAGGCAGUUGAAAGCAAGAAAAGAAAUUGAUAUAAAUUUUAAGGAUAAAAACCAUUACAAAGUUUCUCACUCUGGACCAUUGUCUUCUUCUUCAUCAAGAAACGGGACGAAACACGAUGAAAUUACAAAUGUUCCCUCCAGUGCCAAUUUAUCGACAUUAUCCAGUUUGGUAGCUUCUAGAACGUUAUUGUCUGAAGACAAAUCUGACUCUAAUCAAUUAGAUGCUAGAUAUUCGGAAUCAUUAAACGGAACUGGAUCGAUGAGACAGUACGAGAGGAUUCCUUAUCGCCCAUACAAAAUGUCUGGCCCAUUGCAAACUGAAAACAGCAGAAAGAGCAUUAGAGAAACAAAUCCAAAUGAAAAUGGGUUUACUAAAGUGGACAAGACCCGAUUCUCCGGUCCAUUGAUGGUUCCAUCGAACAAUAUGGAACAAAUGUUGAGAGAUCAUGACCGUCGAAUACAAGAAGCAGCUAGACGAGGACGGCUUGACAGCAUUAGUAAAAUUCAAUCUCAAGAAACGCUAGCGGUUAAUAACCCAAGAUACUCUUCUAGCCGCUAGGCCUCCCAUUGGAACUAAAUAGAGAGGAGUCGUAAAUAGUUGUAGUGUUGUAGUUGCAUUUUGUUUCUAGUAUAGUGUUAGCUUUAUAUAUCAUUCUUCAUAAAAUUUCAAACAGUUACAGAGUAAAUGGUUUAAAAAAUAAUAGAAUCUUUUAUUUGCUUUUCA